CUGUCAAACGCAAAUGCAAACGGAUGGUUUUGUUUUGAUUUUUUUAAACGUCCGGUAAAUAAAACAUCCACGAAGAGGAGGCGAUUUUAUGCAAACACUAUUGAAAAUAGCAGUGCAAAAAGGGUGAACAAUGAAGAAAGUGCAAGUGUUGUAGCAGAUUUCAUUGUUUUCCAAUCAAACAAGUUGCUCACAAAGCUGCUGCUGACAGUCGGCCACACAAAUAAAAGCAUCCUCUCUCUCGUUCUCUCGCACGCGCACACUUUUCCGCGGAUGCGUGCGCAUCGCCGUCCUCAGCCUGCUGGGGGCCGCGCCAACAAACAACCCCGAUCGGGAGACAAGAUUUUGAAAUCGAAACUGCCGCAGCAUCAGUAGCGAACGGACGCAUCCGGCAGCUGAUACGAAAGUGAGAGUGAGAGUGUGAGUGUGCGUUUAUGUGAUAAAGUGGUGCGAUAAGAAUCGACCCGGCGGGAACCCCGAAGUAAGAGAGGAAGCCGACAAGAUGUCUGGUGACACGCAGGCCAAGAAGCGGAAGGAUAAGAAGAGGAAGAAAGAUGAUGAAGAUACGGUGAAGGAAACGACGGUCCAUGCACCGAAGCAACCGUCAGCCGGUGCUGCCCAGGCCGCGAAGGAACCGGGCGAUGUGCAGAUGCACAUCCAGAGCGACCACGGCACUGGCGGCCACUGGUGUGCGAAGGUCGUGUUCUUCAUCCUGCUGGCCGGUCUCGGUGCACUGAUUGGGCUGAUCAUUAUGGAAAAUCAGGGCGUCUCGAACGAGGACACGCCACUGUCAGAAUCUCGGUACUCGGAGUUCUUCAACGGUUGGGUGGACGAAAACCGACAGGACGAUCAUCAUCACGAUGAAGUGCUGGCCGCCAUCAACUCGCUGGACGAUCACGACGAUGAGGGUGAUGCGCAUCACGCAGUCGAAGAUCACGAUGGUGGGGAGGAUGAUGGACACGAUCAGGACGGAGAUGAUGAUGAUCAUGAUGAUGGUGCACCGUACGCAGAGGAGGAAGAUCACGACGAUGAUGAGGACGGUACGGAGGUGCAGGAUGAUGAUGAGGAUGAAGGACCGGCAUCGAAGCUGGAUGACGAUGAGGUAGAGGAGAUCUACACUCAGCAGGAAGCAGCCGAACAACAACAAGCGGCUGCGGAUGACGAUGAUGAUGGAGAUGACGAUGGGCAGGAUGAUGAUGACGAGGACGAUGAUGCCGUUUUGACAAAUAGUAAGACAGAAUUGGAAGAUGACAAUGAUGAUAAUGAUGAUGAACAGGAUGAAAAUGAUGAUGAUAAUGAUGAAAAUAAUGAUGAUGAAAAUGCUGCCGCGGAACAGGACGACGAUGAUGAGAAUGAAGAAGAUAAUAAUAAGAAUGUAGAUAGCGAAGAAGAACCCGCUGGAAAUGCUGACGACGAUGACGACAAUCAGAAUGAAUUAGCAAAUGAGGAUGAUGAUGACGAUCAGGAUGAUACUCCAUUCGAUGAAGUUAAGCGAUCUAAUGCUUUGAAUGAUAAUGCUAACCGAAACGUACCAACGAUCAACGAAGACACAGUGCAAACGUCGGUCCCUGAACCGGAACGAAAUCAGGUGCCUGUAACGACAACCGUCCCAUCAACCGAAGGAGCAGUUACGGGCGACACGCUCAAAGAUCAAAUGGACGAGUUAGUUCGAAACUAUAACAAACUAGCGGAGUCGUUAGACGUACCGAAGGUUGAGGAGGUGGUCGAUUUUCCGGACACGAUCGCUGCACAGGUGAAUGAGGACGCGAACGAUGAUGGUGAUGAGGAAGAAAUUCUGGAAGUUACCCGUGGAUCUCAGCCAGCAAACGACGAUGACGACGAUGAUGUGGAUGAUGAUGAUGCUGCAUUCAGCGAGCUCGUGGACAACGACGGAGGAGAAGAGGAAUAUCUGGAGAAGCUCCGUGCAGAGCAGCAGCGACGUGCAGCAGCGGAAGCAGAACGCAGAGCCGCUGCCGAGCCGGAAGAGGAAACUUCACAAAUCCCCUCACCACCGGUUGAGCGCGUUCACGAACACCACCUCCCAAAGCUUGUUGUCCCUCCCGCGGGCACGUCACCCGGUCGCGCGCGAACACCGUCGCCAUCGGGCCAGCGAGCUGCAAGGGAAAGGCACGUUGAGUUUCUGUUGCCCGAGCGGGACCAACAGCCCGAGUUCGAGCUGGACGAGCCGGCAGGGUUUGAGCUGGAGCGCUCCUCGCCCGCCGGUGACAAUGGCAGCAAGGAGAACCUGUUCGUGCCGGAGUCCACCAGCGAGGAGGAGGAGCUGGAACCGAACGAGUACGCGGAACAGUACAGCGAGUACGCGGAGGAGCAGGACGAGGAGGAGCUCGUGUACGAGGAGGAGGAAGAGCUGAUCGACGACAUCGACUCGGUGCUGCUCAAUCAGUACGGUUCGGACGAGGAGGAGGAACCACUGACUGACGACAACAUUCCGCCGGGUGGGGAAGACGAGGAGGAGGCGUCCGAUGUCGAUGACACCGAUCUGAUGCGACGGUUGGAGGAAAAGUAUGGCAAGCUGCCGGCGACCGGUAGUGCAGCUUCGCCGGCGGCCACACCGACCGAGGGCAACGACGAGGAGGACGAGGCGACCGCUGCCGGCUGGACAAAAAUCCCCUCGAGGGCUGAAGAAGCUGAUCGGUCCUACCAGGAAGAACUGAGACGGGCUGAGCAGCAACUCGAUGAGAACAAGCCCCAGGAAGCGCUGGCCGCUUUCGAUCGUAUAUUGCUCAGAACGCCCAACUCGAUCGAUGCGCUAAUUGGCCGAGCGCGAUCGUUGGAUGCGCUGGCAGAGCAGCGGCGCAGUAACGCGAUCCUGACGGAAGCGAUCGCCGCCUACCGGAAGGUGAUCGAGCAUGAGCUAUCGGUCGACGACGGUACGCUCAAAACGGUAGCCGAACGGUGCAUCGAUCGUAUGCGCUUCCAGGGCCAGCACGCGCAAGCGAUCGAGGUGCAUAACGUGCUGAUUCGACGAUUCGACAACGAACCGCUGUAUCGGAAUCAGCUUGCCGUAAGCUACCUUUACUUGAACAGACUUGCCGAAGCAAAAGCCGUACUGCACGAGACGCUUCUCCGCUGGAUCGACAAUGGGUUCGCGCUGGUACACUACGGCUUUGUGCUGAAAACGCUCGACCAAAACAUGGAACUGGCGGCCCAGUACCUGCAGGAGGGCAUCGAAACGGGCCAUCCCGGUACGCAGGACGGCCGGUUCUACUUCCAGCUCGGCGAUGCGCUCCAGCGGCUCGGGCGCAACAGCGAAGCGCGGGCCGUUUACCGGAAAGGUGUGCAGAAGAAGCUCUUCCGCUCGGUGUACCAGCGCUCGCUGUACAAUGUGGACGGGCUGGCGGCCCGGCCCUACUGGACGGAGGAGCAAACGACGUACGCUACCGAGCUGGAGCUGAUCCGCGCCAAGUGGCGGGAAGUGCGUGACGAAGGCCUGAAGUUGCUCACCAGUGCCGGUGUGUUUGUGAACGAGUCGGAAAAUCUGCGCGACCGGGGUGACUGGAAGCAGCUGGAGCUGUUCUCCCGGGGGGCCCGUGUGGAGCGAAACUGUGCCCGUGCACCGUACACGUGCCGGCUGGUGGAGCAGUACUUUCCCGCUGCCCGGACGUGCAAGCGCGGGCAGGUGAAGUUUAGCGUGAUGCAUCCCGGGACGCACGUGUGGCCCCACUGCGGACCAACGAACUGUCGGGUGCGGGCGCAUCUUGGGUUGCGUGUGCCACCGGGGACCUACAUACGGGUGGCCGAAGAAACACGCUCCUGGGAGAACGGCAAGUGGUUGAUCUUUGACGAUAGCUUCGAGCACGAGGUGUGGCACAAUGGGACGGAAACACGGUUGGUGCUGAUAGUGGAUUUUUGGCAUCCCGAGCUUACGGAGAGUCAGCGGCGUACCCUGUCACCGAUCUAAUAGUUGUGUGGUACAGUACGAGUGCAAGGGCAGGAUUAACAGGAUGUGCGUGGAACGCAAAUGCAUUUUUACCCCCCCAAACUUCUCCCUUUUAAGAGCUUUUUACUUCUCCUUAUUAGCAGUAAGAGAGAGAGAGAGUGUUGUGGUGCCUUUUGCAAAUGCGAGUGAGUUUUACAUUAGAAAAGUAGCGUAGUAAGCGUAAAAAACAUUACUCAAAAAAGUCAAAAGUAAAAAGUGUACUUGUCUCGAAUCACACACGGCGGUGUGGUGCAACCAAAGUUGUCGCGUUUGUCGAGCCGUGGCCUACCUUACGUUCGUUACGGGUUAUUUGAGUGAGGUUAAACGGUGAUGUGUAUUAUUUUGUAAAGACAGAUUCAGCCCUGCAAAGAGCCUAUAAAGACGAACAAAAUUAAAAAAAGGAUAAUUACAAGGAUAUAGACGGAAGGGACUUUGACGGACUGAUACGGAAGGACGAGAGAUCACAUUUGCUGAGACUGGAAAGAUAAUCUUCAGACAUUUAGGUGUGAGGAUUUGAUGAUCGGAUAGAGUUACCCCAGACACACCCAGAGCAAUAAUCACAAACAAAUGGAAAUGCAGUGCGCGCAGUGUUUUGUGAAAUCGGAAAGCGGUGUCUCCUCAUGGAAAUGGAGAUUAAUAAAUAGUAAUAAACGGAAA